AUGCAUGCUCUUUCUCUUGUUCUACUUCAAGCUUCGGCUGCUGUUGCCUACCCCUGGGUAUCUGGCCAGCCGGGUGUGAACUCUGGACUCUUCAGGGAGGCGCGCGCGGUAGAGAAGCGUCAGGCCAACUGCCCUUUCAACCCUGUCCACAAGGGUGCUGCUCCAUACACUGCUCCUUAUCUCUAUACUGGAGCCAAGAACGGUGUUGCUGGUAGUCAAAAGGGUGGUAUCAAAGUCCCAGCAGAUGGCGAUACGGCUCACUCCUAUACUGCUCCCGGGCCUAACGAUAUUCGUGGGCCUUGCCCAGGUCUGAACGCUGCAGCCAACCACAACUUUCUUUCUCACGAUGGUAUAACCAACUUCCAGGAGUUGGUCGAUGCCCAGCAGAACGUGUACAACGUAGGCUACGACCUAGCUGUUCUUCUCGCUGUCCUUGGUAUCGAGGCUGGUGGCGACGUACUCUCUGGUCGUCUGAGUAUCGGAUGCGAUGCUACGUCCCGCACUGCGACGCUUCCUCUUCUGGGCCGCCAGCCCGGUCUCAAUGGCCACAACAAGUUUGAGGCUGAUUCGUCGCUUACACGAAACGACUUCUUCACUACCAAUGGAGACAACUACAACUUCAAUGGCUCAUUGUUCGCGGAGAUGAAAGCAGUCGCAGACAGGGUUUCCGGUGGAAACUUUGAUCGCAAUGCCCUCGCCGCAUACCGCAGCCAGCGGUACGACGAGUCCGUUCAGCAAAAUGCCAAUUUCUUCUUUGGUCCCCUAUCACUGCUCCUUUACGGUGCCGCAUCCUUCCUUUAUGAGCUGUUCCCCAGCUACGGUGAUAAGGGUAGCUUCUUUGGGGCUGUCGAAGAUUCGUCUGCACCAGGUGGUUGGCGCCACGUCCCCGAACGCAUUCCCGACAACUGGUUCUCGCGCGUCGAACCGUACAAGAACAUGGACGUCACCAACGAGAUCCUCGCCAUGUACAUCAAGUACCCCAAGCUCUUCGGCGGCAAUGUUGGCAAGAACAACUUCGAUGCCUUAUCCACACCAUUCGAUAUCAUUGUCGAUGGCAAGCUACCCAGUGAUGUCACGGCAUCGCAGCUGACUUGUUUGCUCUACCAGCUUGGUGUCAUGGGUGUCCCCAGUACCUUGAGCACCGUCACUGACAUUACUGGUGCUGUGCUGGACUUUUCCAUUGGAAAGUUGAAUCCAGUGUUCCGGAAUGCCGGAUGUCCUCUGAAGGUCAACUAA